UAGUGAACAGUGGCUUGAAGGAGGUAAAGGUAAAGUGCCUCCUCAUAUGGAUGGGGAAGUAUCUAUUGAGAGGAACAAAUGUUUUAGAAGGAUCUUUUCUGAAGAUGAGCGUUUUAAAGCAUUGGAUGAGUAUGCUAACUUCUCUCUCAAAAGUGGACCGUUUGAAGAUUCUGAUUCAAUUGGUGCUAGAUUUAAUACAGAACCGAUGAAAUGGUGGGCAUGUUUUGGUUCAAAUGCUCCAUUGCUUCAAAAGUUAGCAUUCAGAGUACUUGGACAACCUAGUUCCUCCUCUUGUUGUGAAAGAAAUUGGAGUACUUAUUCCUUUAUUCAUUCAAUUAGAAGGAAUAAAUUAAUUCCAAAACGUACAGAAGAUUUGGUUUUUGUUCAUAACAAUCUUCGUUUAUUGUCAAGGGUUAACUCUAAGUAUUAUGAUGGUAAGGAGAAGAUAUGGGAUGUUGGUGGAGAUGACUUUGGGAGUAUGGAAGAUGUGGGAGUUCUUCAAUUAUCCAACCUGUCAUUAGAUAAACCAGAAUUGGAGUCUGUUUUUUUCGAUGAAGAUGCAAAUGACAUAAUGGAUAAAGAGAAUGAUCAAAUAGAGAAAAUACAAUAAAUAUUUUACUAUUUUAAAAAUUUUUUAUUAUAUUUUAUUUGAUGACUUUG